AUGUCGCCUCAGCUGCCUGAAGAAGAAAAAUUGUCUUCGUGUUCAUCUGAUAAUAAUGACACUGAUUUUAGCAGUAUUUCAAGUGAAAACAUCUUUGAAGUAAAUGAGCCUGAACUUAGUCUCAUUAAAGAUACUUCAAAAUAUAAUAAUGAAAAAACAUCUAGUACUUGUAAAAUUAGUGGACCGAGGGAUAUUGCUCAAACCAUUGAAGAAGGUCCAGUCCAGCCAAAACUUAGAAACUAUACAAAAUCUGUUACUGGAGAAGGUAAAUCAAAGAGAACAAGGAGUUUUAAGUCUAGUUGGUUCGAACAAUACAAGUGGCUUGAGUACAGUGUAUUAGAAAAUAGUGUUUAUUGUUUCCCAUGCAGAUUUUUUGCUUUGAAUAAUCCAGACUCUAUUUUUACUAGUAGUGGAUAUAAAAAUUGGAAAAAUGCUAUGUCUAGUAAAGGAUUUUCUAGACAUGACUCUUCUGUAGACCAUAAAAAUUGUUGUCAAACUUGGAUCGAUUACAAAAGCUAA